AUGCCCAACUCUCUCGAGAUCGUGCUGAAGAAUGACAGCGACAGUGCAAACCUGUUCGCGUAUGUGACGGGGAUCGCCAUUCAGCAUAGUGGGAAGCGUUGUCUCAUAAAGUCCAACGGAAAGGACGUAUACUUUCCCAAGAGUCCAUCAAAGAUCUUGUCACCAUUGGGAGAAGACUGUGCUAUAGCCUUGGGAGCACCUGGUGGUGCCACCAACAUCACAAUUCCACAGAUUGCCGGUGGGCGGAUUUGGAUAUCGGAAGGACCUCUCACCUUUUUGCUCAACCCAGGACCAGCUCUGGUAGAGCCAUCAGUCCUUAAUCCAUCCGAUCCCAAUGCCAAGGUCAGCUUUGGCUUCUGUGAAUUCACCUUGGAUCCCGGGCAGCUCUACGCAAACAUCAGCUACGUCGACUUUGUGCCGAGAAUACCUAUUGCCCUCACUUUGAAGGAGAGAUCUGGCAAAGUCCAAACUGUCUCUGGGAUGGCGCCCGAUGGAAUAGAUCGCAUGGCGGAUGAUCUUGUCGAACAAGCAAAGAAGGACAACAAGCCCUGGGACAAAUUAGUGGUACGCGACGAUGAUCGAGUGUUGCGUAUCCUAAACGCAACCCAUGGCGGUGCGGUGGGUGCAAACUUCAGCGGAUACUACGAGCCAUAUGUCGAGGAAGUGUGGAAGAAGUACAGCAAGGGCUCCAAUUUCAAGCUUGAUACACAGGCCGGUCAAGGAGUUCUUGAUGCGCAUGUCAACAGCAAGGGCGACCUCGUGAUAGGAAAGGAGGCCUUCCAGAAGCCCAGCACCGCAGACAUCUUCGGAUGCAAUAGCGGCCCGUUUACCACUGGAUCAUCGCCGGUCCGCAACGCGAUCAUCCCUCGCCUGGCGUCUGGUUUCGUUCGUUCGACGUAUCUAGUAACAGACGAGCAGCCCAGCACUCCCGACACUUUCUACACACAAGACCCGACGAACCACUAUGCCAGGCUUGUCCAUCAACACAACAUUGAUAAGAAAGGUUAUGCCUAUGCAUACGACGACUGUGUGAAGGGCCCAGAAGAUCAAUCGGGGAAGGUCAAUGCUGGGGAUCCUACCGUGUUCACCGUGACUGUAGGUGGCAAGUCGGCUGCCGCCAAUGAUGGCGCUCCUGCGACAGCGAAACCAGAAGAGGCACCAAGUGCGGCAACAACAUCUGCUGCGCCGGGAAACGGUGAUAAAAGAGACAGCUUGAAGGGCAAGCUGCUUCAAGGCUUGAAGCAGAAGCUCCUGCGUUAG